CAUGACUGGCACAAGGACCUUGUCAGUAGUAAAAGGCGGCAAAAUUAAAAAAAGUGGGCGCGAAGAGUUGGCUUUCUUAGAAAAUAUGAAUUUAGCGCCUUUUUCUACUGACAAGUUUGGUGUGUUUCAGUAUAUAUAUUUAUAAUUUUAUUUUUUUCCUAUAUUUAGAGGUUGUAUCACGGUAAUCAAUUCAUUAUAUUUUUCUUUUGUUUUUUGUUGACAGCGUGUUGACAUAAAUAUCAAGUAUACGGCAUGUUCCCACGGUUAUUUUAUUAAAUGAAAAAUAAGUAAUACGUGUAGUAGUUUAGGAAUCUGAUUAUAAAGUAAACGAUGCUGGUUUCGAAUUGUUUUCGUGGAAUACGGCUUACUAAGCACAUUAACUGUCGUCAAUUAAGAACAUUAGUGCCUCAAGCGUAUGCGUUGAUUGAGAAUUCUGCUAAGGCCCUUAUAAACAAAGCUGAACGCAAACUUUUUGGGCCAACAUCGGAGGAGAUUGUUCGGGAUGUUGACUUGGGAGAUAAAUAUUGUCUGAUCACUGGUGCCAACGGCGGCCUCGGACUUGAGAUGACGAGGUGCCUCAACGCGCGUGAUGCCCAUGUUCUCAUGGCUUGUAGAAACACAUACGCGGCCAAUAUCGCCAGUAAGAAAGUCUGCAAGAACUUGGAUCGUUUGAGUAUAGGAGAAGUAAACUUCGCCUCACUUCGAUCUGUGAAGAAUUUCACGGACCGGCUCGCGGCAGAAGACAAAAAAUUCGACAUUGUAAUUUUAAAUGCUGGAGUUUUUGGUAUUCCACGGACUAUAACGGAAGACGGAUUAGAAACAAUAUUUCAAGUCAAUUAUUUAAGUCAAAUAUACAUGCUCAUGAACAUUGAAAAACUAUUAGCUUCUAAUGCCCGUGUAGUGUUUCUUACCUCGGAGUCUCACAGGUACGUCAAUUGGCCUUUAGAGAAAAGGCUACUGCCUACCGAGGAGAUGUUUUCUCUGCCGGCAAAUGAAUAUACUUCAAUCAAGGCUUUCAACGUAUCUAAGUUAUGCUGCAUUUUCGCGAUGCACUACCUGGGCUACCGGUGGAUGAACACGGGCAGGGGUGUGCUCAGCGCGACUCCUGGUUCAUUCAUUAGAACAAAGCUGUGCAGCAAUUGGUGGGCCUACGAAUUGCUUUACAUGAGCAUGCAACCGUUUAAUAAGUCUAUUUCGCAAGCCGCUGCCACGCCGUUGUACUGCGCAACUUCGCCCGAGCUGGAGGGGAUGACAGCCAUUCACUUCAAAAACUGCAAGCGCUGCGAGGAGAGCGAGCUGGCGCUCGACUCCCACCUGUCGUUCCGGCUGUUCGACAUGACGCUGCGCAUGAUCGACGAGCGCGUGCGACACUUCGAGAGCCCGCUGCUCGAGGCCAAGGAAAAACCUGAGCCUGAACAAACUGAAAAAGUUCCUAAGGAGCCCAUCGAGGACGACCUUAUCACCAGCUAUUCAGGUUAAUAAACUCACUUCACUAACUAGAAGCAGGGCUGACUGUAUGGGUCUGAUACAGCCGUAAGGCGAGCACCGGCUUUUUGUUCUUGUUCGAUAUCAGACAUCUCAUAGAUUAGUUGUAUGUGUUUAAACGUAGGUAACUUUUAAAACGGAUUCUAGCAAUAAAUUAAUACGUGACUUUUAA